AUGGAUAAUUAUUUGGCGGUAAAUCAUCCACCGACCACGGUAACGGACGACCAAAUCUUUCACAACAUAGACUCCCGUAUGCACGGCCCCAUGAGUGGAUUUAUCAAAAAAUACUUCGGCAAGUUUCAGUACGUCCAUCAAGAUGCUGUAUUAGAAAUUCAGACAGCUGGAAGAAUUCUUGGUCGUUAUGCUGUUCCACCAACUGCCCCGACACCCGAAAAUUUUCUACAAUGGUUUUCUAGCUAUGUAUCGCGGGAGCCGGAUGGAGAGCCUGAUGGUACUCGAGGCUCGUGGCUUGUAUCUAGCGGCAAUAUAGCAUCUGGACAAGAGGAUGCUAACGAAAGUGCACGUCUUCUCCUGAUCAUGGCCACCUCAUCGAUCUCUAACGUGCCGAUGAGAUGGGACUAUGUUCAGGUUAUUGGCCAGUUUUACCACCGUGGUUAUGUUUGUUAUCAGGAUGGUCUAUUACAUCUUUGCCAGUCCGCACACCGGGUAUUUGCCAGCCAGCCUACGCGGCCCUUCUUACAUGGCUUCUAUAUACGCGGUUCGCUGAUCGAACUUUGGGUUUUUGAUCGAUCUGGCCUAUAUUGUAGUGACGUAUUCGAUAUCCGGAAAGAUUUUAUCCAAUUUCUCUUCAUUAUUCUCAGUUACCAGUGCAUGACGGACCAGGACUUGGGGAAAUUCAACAUCAUUGAGUCGAAUAAGGCCAAUAACUACAUUGUCCUUGAGCCUUUAGGAAAGCUUUAUCUCGAAAGCCAACCAAUCGCGUUCCGUAAAGGACUUAUUGGCACUGGCACAACUUGCUACCGGGCUAGAAUGCUUGAUUCGAAUCGAUGGGAUUAUGUCUUGAAAUUCAAAUGGCGUUGGGCUAGGGAGCGUCCGGAGGACGAGCUUCUGAAGCUGGCCCAGAAGAAAUGCGUCUGGGGCGCCAUCUCCAUUGAUUAUUACCAAGAAUUUGAAAGUACAGCUUCUCUGCGUCAAGGCCUCCGGUGGGGGACACACAGAAAAUUUACUAGGGUGGAGAGAUAUAGAAGUAUCGAAGAGCAACGAACGGACAGUACUUGUAAUGUCAACGGACUUGUCGAAUGUACAGAAGAAACCGAUAACUUUUUUCAGAAUCGUAUUUUUGCCUGUCUCGUUACUUCUCCUGUAGGCAGACCCCUUCACACUUUUCGGUCUCUACUAGAGUUGCUUCAAGUGUUUCGUGAUGCUAUCAAGUGUCAUCGAUCACUCUAUUAUGACGCCAAUAUUCUUCAUCAAGAUAUAUCACCAGGGAAUAUGAUCAUUCUAGAUGACCAAGAUGAAGGAAAGGCGAAGGGGGUCCUGGUAGACCUCGAUUCCGCAAUAGAGCUCUCAGAAAGGUCAGAAACAGAGCCAGGAGUUACUGGUACCAGACCAUUUAUGGCUAUUGGCGUGCUAAAGAGCGAAUGUCAUACUUAUCGGCACGACCUAGAGUCUUUUCUCUACGUCUUCCUCUGGACAAUAAUAACAAACCAUGAAGAGAAUCCCCCAGAGACAAGUAAGCUUCGGCAAUGGAGCAAUGGAGACUGGGAGAAACUAGCGAUACAAAAGUCUAUUGACAUGGAUCAGGAUAGUUUUCAGAAUAUUUUGGAGGAAUUCGCUCCCAUAUUCCACUCCCUUAAACCGCUCGCCGAAAGUCUACGCCAAAUUCUAUUUCCUCUACGGGAUAGGGUAAUUUGGACGGGGACUAACGACUCGCCUGAAGCUGUAGACAUGCUCUACGAUAGAAUGAUUCACGCGUUUGAAGAGGCUAUUGUUUCUGAAGGUAAAAAUCACCUAAAUAAGUCCGAGAUACGGUUGACCAGACAGGGUAUUGUGCCAAAAUGA